AUGGCUUCCGACACUGGUGGAAGUAACGAACUCCAUUUCUACAUGCAGAUUGGCCUCUCUAGAGAGUCAGUGAGAGUGGAAGGAGGAGAUCUUACAAUGACGACCAUCAAGGAAAUUGCCUGUACUUUCGUCGACAGAAAGUAUCCAGAACAUGGAUUUUAUGGUCUACAAGACAAGAUCUUGCUGUUUGUACAUGAUGCUUCAAGUUCCAAUGUAUUGGUGCUUAUUAAUAAUCCCACAAGUCAGGUGAAAGAAAACUCGUUAGUAGAGGUAGUAUGCUCAGCCUCUACCACCAUGGAGGAACUACAGAUCCGCCCCCAUAUGUUGUUCGUAUACUCUUACAAGUCCCCUCAUUUCUGUGACUUCUGUGGUGAGAUGUUGUUUGGACUUGUGCGCCAGGGACUUAAAUGUGAAGGAUGUGGACAGAAUUUUCACAAAAGAUGUGCAUACAAAAUACCAAACAAUUGCUCCCACAUACGCAAAAGACAGGGCUCAAUGCAAAGUCUACAAGGGGCUGAAUCACAACUUCUCUCACCGCUCACUGACACCUCUGCCACUAAUCACAACAAUGAAACCAAAUACAGUCGCUCCAGAUCUUGGAGUGGUGGGCGGCCAUUAUGGCUAGAACGAGAAUAUGCUGGGAGAAUCAAAGUUCCUCAUACAUUUGUAAUGCACAAUUACACACGACCUACAGUGUGUCAACACUGCAAGAAGUUACUUAAAGGAUUGUUCAGACAGGGAUUGCAAUGCAAAGAUUGUAAAUUUAACUGCCACAAAAAGUGUUCAUCAUCUGUAGCAAAGGACUGCCAGGGUUGUAUAACAGGUGCAGUGGAUGGUGCUCCAUUUGACUCCAUAGACUCUAAUGAUAGCAUAUCAUGUGUAGACACUGACAGCUCAUUUGUUGAUAACUCAGAGGAAUGUCCUGGAGAGUUGGAUGAUGAGGCUAUGGCUGAACUGGAAGAGGCGGAUGAUACUGUUCAACAGAAACCUGCACUUGGGCUGACAUCCAGUAACAUACCUCUCAUGAGGAUUGUGCAAUCUAUUAAACAUACCAAGCGUGCAGGCUCCCAGCUUAUUAAAGAGGGUUGGAUGGUGCACUUUACCAGCAAAGAUAACAUGAGAAAGCGUCAUUACUGGAAGCUAGAUGCCAAGGCAAUCAUAUUAUUUCUGUCCGACCAAUCCACCAGAUACUUCAAGGAGAUUGAUCUAGCCAGCAUUAUAUCAGUAGAAAAUGCUCGUGACCCUCAAACUGUUGAAGCCACCAGAUCACCUCAUGUAUUUGAAAUACGCACAGCAGUAGUUACUUACUAUGUGGGUGAGGACCCAACUUGUGGAGGUCUGGAAAGUCACGUGACCUCGGCGGAGAGUGGGACAGGCCUUGAAGUAGCGAAACACUGGGAGCAUGCAUUAAGACAGGCCCUGAUGCCUGUGACACCUCAACCUAGUACAGCAUCCGAGUCAACUGGUGAGAGAAGCAGUAAUUCAAUACACAGGAAAGAGGAAAGGGAGGACCUGAGUCAGAUUUACCAGAUUUUUCCUGAGGAUAUCCUUGGCUCUGGACAGUUUGGUAUUGUAUAUGGAGGUAAACACAGAAGAACUAAGAGGGAAGUUGCCAUUAAGGUUAUUGACAAGCUACGAUUCCCAACUAAACAGGAAGCUCAGUUAAAGAAUGAAGUAUCAAUCUUACAAAAUUUGCACCACCCAGGGGUUGUAAAUCUUGAGAAGAUGUAUGAGACUCCAGAGCGGAUAUUUGUUGUCAUGGAGAAGUUAAAAGGCGACAUGUUGGAGAUGAUCCUAUCUAGUCAAAAAGGCAAACUCACUGAACGAGUUACAAAGUUUCUCAUAUCCCAGAUCUUGGUUGCAUUGAAGCACCUCCAUUCUAAACAUAUUGUACAUUGUGAUCUGAAACCAGAAAAUGUCCUACUCUCCUCAGAGACACCUUUCCCACAGGUGAAACUAUGUGACUUUGGAUUUGCACGUAUCAUUGGAGAGAAAUCCUUCAGAAGAUCUGUCGUUGGAACCCCUGCAUAUCUUGCCCCUGAGGUGCUGAAGAGUAAGGGUUACAACAGAUCCCUUGACAUGUGGUCUGUUGGAGUCAUAAUAUAUGUCAGCCUUAGUGGUACAUUCCCUUUUAACGAAGAUGAGGAAAUAGCAGAUCAGAUCCAGAAUGCUGCAUUCAUGUAUCCUCCAAACCCAUGGAGAGAAAUAUCACCAGAGGCAAAGGACAUUAUCAAUAACUUGCUGCAGGUGAAAAUGCGGAAACGUAUUUCUGUUGAGAAAUCUCUAUCACACGUUUGGCUUCAGGACUACCAAACUUGGUGUGAUCUAAGGAAGUUAGAAAAUGAAGUAGGCCGACGCUACUUAACUCAUGAAUCUGACGAUGCUCGCUGGGACCAAUACAGGGACCAAAAUCAUUUAAGAACUUGGGAACACUUGGGCCAAAAAGUGUCGCCUAAAUCUGGUACAUUUGAUUUAUUGUACAAACGACAAUAG